AAAAAUCAUGUCGAAUCGAGUAACCUCCUCGUUUUCGAAGUCGGUUAAGAAGUCCUCUCGUCGCAUUAUCGCCAACGUUUCGAAGCCAUGUCCUUUAUUGUCCCGUGACGCGCUUCCGCGCUGAAGUGACGUACAUUGUUGCAUUAUUAAUUCACGAACAUUUUACAUUCUUAAAUUGCAUUUUCUCCCUAGGCCCGUAAAUUGUCGCAACAGCUCUUCGCACUGCGUUAUAUCGAUGAUCAAGCAUCGUUAGAUUAAGUGGUUCGUUUAAAAAACGCUAGUUCUGCACGAGUAAACGACGAUAAGAUCGGAGUUUACGCGCAUCGUCGCCGGUAAGUAACUUCGCGUUUGCAUGGUCGUCGGUUAAGUUACGUGGUACGCGUUCGGUCGAAACCAACCUCGCUUUUCGAUAGAAUUUAUUUUGGUAAAUAAUUGCUCGCUUUUGUGUUUAACGUCUAACGAUGAUAACAAAUUUCGGGAAAAUUGAACAUUUGAAUCGACGUCAAACAUGGCGGCCGUUGCACGCGUCGGACUUCGAGUCGCUGAUGUACCCUAAUUUCUGCAUUAGCUUCAUCCUUGGGCUUUUCCCUUACAAGUACGAAUCGUCCAGAUACGUGAUCUCGCGAGCACGCUUUCUCUGGUGCACCUUUACGGUUCUCGUUCUCGUAGCUUUCGUAUCCAUUACGCUUUACCAAAUAAACUUUGGCACUCUUAUGCACUUGCACGCACCCGGUGCGAUACACGGAAACGUUCACGUAUUCCUUGGCGGAGGCACGAUCGUGGUAUCGUACAUUCUUACUAAACGGAGAUUGCGAGUUCUUCGGAAUCUCGUGAGAACGUCACAGAUAUUAACGCCAAAAGAGUUCAACGAUCUCGCGAAGCUUUUUCAUACGAAGGACAUUCUUGGUUUCCUGUUUCUGGUCGUUCAUUUCCCGAAUUGUUUUAAAGAAACUACCUACGAUACCGCGCGACAGUUCUCUGUAUUGUACAUAGUGCUGACAACCUUAUCGUUGGACAUGUUUUACAUGAAUUGCGUAUGUAUUCUGAGAGCCUGCUUUGGUAAAAUUAACGAAGGGCUUAGACAGUUAAACGCGCCUACAACGAACAAUGAAUUUAACGCGGAAACAAGGAAGAAGGCUCUGCGUAACGAACAAAAGAGCACGCUGUUGUUGACGAGGUUGAAAAAUUUGGAGGAGACGCAUCUGCGGACCAGCGAUGCCGUUCGAUUGAUAAAUCAAACGUUUUUCAUACACACCGCUAUAUUAACAACUAUAACGUUCUCCGUCGUCACCUUCAAUCUGUAUUUUUUCUACCUAUGGGUAAACGGAGUCUCUACCGUGGAAGUAGCUACGAAUUUUUGGUAUUUAAAAUUCCUCUCGAGCGUGUUUUUUUACACAAUAAAAUUCACGAUGUUGGUUUGGGCUUGCGAAACUACGAAAAAUCAAGCGGUGGAAAUCGGUGCUACCAUUCACGAUGCUCUUAGCAGUACCACCGACGCGUUGGUGAAACACGAGUUGCAGUUAUUUUCUUUUCAAGUACUGCACCAAGACAACACCUUCUCUGCUAGAAUAGUUACGUUGAACGCAGCGCUUCUUACGCAGAUGGCCGGAGGCGUUGUGAUGUAUAUCUUGAUACUGUUCCAGUUUCUGAUGAACUCGAUACACUGUAAGACAUACAUUUAACAAAUUGUCCGAAGUUACGCACAGUCUUAUAUGUCGGUCUUACAACAUUUCUCUGAUACAUGUUUAAUUGUUUAAAUUAAUAAAUUUAAUACAACCGUAAAAGGUCACAUAAAGUUACUUGUUAUUUAUUUAAAGUUCUCGUUAUGCCUAAACAUAAAAAUAUAAAAUGGCGGUACAUG